AAUAUGUGCUGGUUGUAUAUCCAUAAUGGAGAAAUAAGUGGGAGCUUUCAAAUAUCAAAUAUUGUUGCAAUCAUCUGGCAGUGAUCUGAAAUUUUUGACAGAAUAGUAACCGCAGACCAUAAUGUUACCAACAAAAUGAAAUGUGACAUCACGUGUUCUAGAAUAAGUAGGAAUACACGUCGAUACUUAUAGUUUAUUGGGGGUAAAAUUUCGACUUUAAAGGAGCUAAACCUCUAACUCAAUAUUUUCCAUAAUAUUCGAAAUUAAAAACACGAAACUAUUUAUUUGGUCGAUUGUAAAACAUGUGAUUACCCCCUUAAUGAGUAAUACAUGUUACCUAAUAAUUGCGUGUGUAUUCAUAGGAGUCGCUGAAAACAGAACCUCUAGUGGGAACAAAGAGUUAUUAAAAAUUAGUGUUAUCUAUUCCAGGUAUCAGUUAUUAAUUGAUGUAACAUUUUUGUCCUGGGUAAAUACACUAAAUCAGAAUUAUGCAAAUAAUAAUUGAUAUCGAUGAUUCUUUCAUGCGUAUUCAUGACAACCAAAUAAACAUUCCAGUUCAGACCUAUAUAUAUAUCGCAUUGUAACCUGGAAGCCUUUAAGCUAGCAGUUUUUCGUAGUACUAAUAUGAUGAUUUAUGGAACAUAGUAUCCCUGUGGACCAAACCUAUAUAAUUUUGUGAUACGUUGAAUUAUUCUUUCUGAAAAGCUGAAGAUGGUUAUAACUUUCUGCGUCCUGUUUUUGUACCAAACUGUGUCAUUACAUGCAUUUACUAUAGCUAAUGAAACAAAUUUACGUACUCAACUGUUCAAUGCCAGCAGAUACAAUGCGAAUGUUCGCCCAGAACAGAUGCUGACAGUACAAAUAAUGUUUAAUUUGUUGACUGUAAAUGAAUUGAGUAUCAAAGAUCAGUCAUUUGAAGUAAGUGGUUGGUUGACCAUGAUAUGGGAAGACGGUCGAUUGAGGUGGAAUGAGGAUGAAUAUGGCAGAGUUAAGUUUAUAUUUGCAUCACAAUCAGAACUUUGGAGACCGGCACUAGUUAUAAGUAACGCGGUUAAACAAUUUGAAGUUAUCGAAGAUGAGUAUACUCCGCUAAGGAUCUCAAACAAUGGAAGGAUAACUUGGGAGCCUCCUGGAAUAUAUAAAGUCAGCUGUACGCCGGAUAUUACUUAUUAUCCCUUCGAUACGCAGACUUGCCAUUUAACUAUCCAGAGUUGGGGUUACUCUUUACUGGAACUGAACGUAUCUGCUUUAGAUCUGGGAAUCAACCUUAUGGAAUUCCAAGAAAAUGGCGAAUGGGAUUUAAUUGACAAUGAGACCAAAGUGGACCAGAGCACGGAUGCUAAAAAUGAUGAGUAUGGACAACUUCUGUUCUGCUUCAAAUUACGCAGAAAAUCUCAAUAUUAUUGGCUAAAUAUGCUGUUGCCUGUCAUUGUAAAUUCGGUGUUAACAGCUCUGGUUUUCGCCCUUCCUGCGGAGUCUGGAGAAAAAAUGGGCUAUUCCUUAACUACGCUUCUUUCGUUUGCUGUACUGUUAACAUUAAUAUCGGAUAAGAUACCAUCAACCUCAACCAGUACAUCUAUUGUGGUUGUGUAUUUCUCUGUAGUUUUGAUAUUAGGCGCCAUGGCAGUAAUAUUUAGUACUAUGGUGCUUGGCUUUCAUUUUAGAGAGAAUGAUGAACCCAUUCCCUUUUGUCUCAGGUUCCUAUUCAGGAACAUACUGGGUCGCCUCGUCUGCUAUAAGAAAUGUACAGAAAGAAGUAACGUUGUCCCAUACGAGCUCUCUGAAAAUCAGCCGACUGACAAACAGCCCGUUGGAUCUACCAUAAAACGAGAUAUGUAUCUGAAGAGGGAGCAGACCCAACUUAAACUGAAAAGUUCAUCAUGGGUAGAGCCAGAAGAUGACUUUGAUUGGAAGGAUAUUUCUAAAGUCUUUGACACGUUUAUGCUAAGAUUAUAUAUCUUGAUCAUUACUACUUCAACUGCAGGAUUUUUGGCUGGGGGGUCUCUGGGUGGGUAAUAUAUUUCAAGUUUUAAAAGGAAUUUGUUAGUCCAUGACACAACAAUAUUUGAAGGAAGUCUACAUUUUUUUUUUCAUCAUUUGCACAUAGCGCAUGACGAGUAUCAUGCUAACCGUGUAUGCUAAUAGCGUGUUGUUCUGAUAAAGUUUACGUAUUAUUUCCCAAAUCUGAGUAUCAGUCAGAAAAAAAAUGAAACUGAAUUUAAUGCCCUACACCGACUGGGCUAAUGAAGACGGGUAUACGUCAUACAGAGUAUUACAGGGGGAAUUUUGCCCUGACAGCGGAACUACGGCCUACUCUUAUAUCGAAUUCCAACUGUCAAGGGUUCAUUUACGUAGACGCCAAUGUGUACACGGGAUCUCGGUUUUUCGUUCCAUCUGCCCUCCACCACUUACAAGAGGGAACCACACCGGAAAUCCCUAACUUUCUCGGCCAGCACAAGGGUGGAACACUGGACCUCCAGGUUAGCAGCCAAAGUUUUAAUCACCGAACGACAGCGGCCCCCGAAUAUCAGUUAGGUUUAUAUUUGUAUCAAUAUCUGCUAAGCUGUUAAAAAUUCCAUUGUACGGAGAGUAUAGCUUCCCCAAAAGGGACAACUUUGCAAGCUACAUGUUUCCAUAGAAGCGUGUUUCGCCAAAAGUAAAAACAUCAAAAUGAACUGCAUGGAAAAGAAAUGAAUUUAACACUAUUGUUGGUAUAUUUUUGACGUCGGGAAGUUCAGAACUACAAUAUGAUAUAGGAGCAUCAUAUACUGCAAAUGGUAUAGUGAUGUUUAAGCUUGAAAUGACGUGAUAGAGAUAUAAGUCACUAGCUCACUAACCGAGAAAGUUCCAUGCGUAGUUGCAGUGGCGUAAGACGGGCGCAGAACAGCGCCUAGUCCUUCGGAUGCGACGGAAAACAGUGUACGUAAAAGAAACCGUGACAAUAAUGGAAUUCGAAAUAAGAAUAGACCGCUGACCGGACAAAAUUUCCCAUAGUAUGCCCGUGUUCAUCAUCCUUUUUGGUGCAGAAAAGAAGGGCGUUAAUUAUAAAAUAAACCCCGUUUCAGGUUUAAAUGACGUCCAUACCUACCCUGUUCUAUUUUCUUAAAUUUCCAAUCCUGUGAUUUUAUUUUGAGUUGUAUGUUGGUUCUGGUUAGAUAUCUAACUACAUGCAGCGUUGGAUUUGUAUCAACCAGUCGACUUUGACCAAUCUAAAAUGCUUCAAAUUUUAAAUGAUAUUUGGGGGUCAGCAUUACAGAGACAGGGAGACGGGAAUUAACGUCCACUAGACACAAACUAUGUCAUUUCGGGACUAGUAUAUGGUUCAAUGUUAUAUCAAUAAUUCGGUUGCGCGUUGGGGUCCUUAUCUCUGAGAGGAAACCGGGUAAGCCAAAGAAAACUCAGAGAUUGAACAGUCGACCCAAAUACUUGUCACGUACAAGCGAGGAAUCCAAACCAUGCUACUUGAGUCAAUGACAGACCUUAUGAUUGAAUGCAAACGCCCCCACCGCGGUUAGCAAUGGCUGAAGGCUUUUCCUAGUUCCGGAGAGAAGGGUUGUCAAGGCCUGAAAGGUAUAUUAACAUAAUUCUGUACAGGUAAUUCUAACAAAAAGUUCAAUAAGGCCAUCUCAUCUUUACUUUAUUACAACACAAUUGCAAUUUACAACAUUUAAACGCCACCAACUAUAUGUUACAUAAGUAAUGCCACUUUAAGAAAAUCGAUAUCGUAUGUGAUUAUAUAACUUUUGUAUACAAGAAAAUAUGUUUUUGGCCUAAUACUUGAACUAAAUGUAACAAUACCAAUAUUGUUUAUACAAAUCAACAAUUCUUCAAGAAAAGGUUAUUUUUGAAAACAUAUUUGAAAAUAUUCUUUUUAAGCAAUUUUAGAAAGAAAAACCUUUAACGUGCCAGGUGAAUCACAAUGGUCGGAAAAGUAAGAAAUCUGCAUUAUUUUAAUAUCAUUAAGCACAUUUCAGUAAAGAAAUAAGAAUCUGUUGGCUUGUAAAGAAAAUAAUUAUUAUUACUUUAUUUAUCAAGAUGGCAACAUGAAAUCAAUAAAAGUAAAGUAAACAUGAAAUGUAAAUAUGUAAAUGUAAAUAAUUCUAAUUAUUUGAAUUUAUUUUGUAUCAAUAUGAGUGUGCCCAUGUUGACUUUUGUUGUGUGUGGUCUUAAACUCUAUUUUGAAAUAAAAUUUUGGUUUGCUGUUAUGUAGUAGUAUAUCCUAUCAUUUAAAAAACCCCAACAAAACACCAGUUGAAUUCUUUUAGCUUAACUACUUACC